AGCCUACACAUUUACCAUAAUUCCUCACAACGGUCUCAAAAAGAGUAGGGAUGUAAUUGAAGUAUCAUCAUUUUAAUACAGUAUCCUAUGCUGAAGAUGAAACUCAUCAUUUUUAAACUUUUGGACACAGUAUAGUGUACUACUUCCUUACUUUGUUUAUGGUACAUUGUAUAUUGCACGUGUAGCCUCUGUAGUCUUAUCACGUGUGACAUUUAGAUAUUUAAGUCAUCUAGACUCAAGACCUGCACGACAAGAAGCAUUCAAACCGCAGUUCCGUGGGUUCUGCACUGUGGCACACGUACCGUUUUCCCUUUAAUCUUCAGCAACGGUGCUCAGGGAUUUGACAUUUCAGCCGCGCCGUCUUCGCUCUCGUCUCGAAUUGGACAGUGGGAACAACAGAAGCAAGCUGACCUAACAAGAUUCAAAGAAGAGGAUUUGGGAAGACCAGUUUUCCAAAAUGCCCGUGGCAUCAUCCAGCUCGGACUCUGCUAUGCAGCAGGUUCUAGACACUUUGAGUGACAGCACCAGCUCCACCAUGGCCAAUGACCUGGACCUCAUCUUCCUCAAGGGCAUCAUGGAGAGCCCUGUGUUCCCGUCUCCCUGCUACCCGCAGGCCCAUGAGAACCUGGAGGAGUCCAGGCUGGAGGCGGUGAGUGACAACAACAUGGAGCUGGUGCAGGACAUCCUGAAGGAGCUCACUCCCCUCACGCACAGGAGCAAGGCCGCAGACGAACUGGCGUGCAUACUGAAGGAGCCACACUUCCAGUCUCUCAUGGAAACCCAUGAUUCGGUGGCCUCCAAGACCUUUGAGACUCCUCCUCCCAGCCCCUGUUCCUUCAUGGACGCUGCCUUCAACAACCAGCCUGUGCCCCCAGAUGCAGUCAGGAUGGUGGGCAUCCGCAAGGUGUCUGGAGAGCACCUGGGUGUGACAUUUCGGGUGGAGAGUGGAGAGCUGGUGAUCGCCCGCAUCCUCCAUGGCGGGAUGAUCGACCAGCAGGGCCUCCUCUACGUGGGUGACAUUAUCAAGGAGGUGAACGCAAAAGAGGUGGGCAAUGACCCCAAGGUGCUCCAGCAGAUGCUAAAGGAGGCCAGCGGCAGCGUGGUGCUCAAGAUCCUCCCCAGCUACCAGGAGCCUCACACCCCACGCCAGGCCUAUGUGAAGUGUCACUUUGACUACGACCCGUCCCAUGACAACCUAAUUCCCUGUAAGGAGGCAGGCCUGGGCUUCAGCAGUGGAGACAUCCUGCAGAUCUUCAAUCAGGAGGACCUCAACUGGUGGCAGGCAUGUCACCUGGAGGGGGGCAGUGCAGGCCUCAUCCCCAGCCAGCUCCUGGAGGAGAAGAGGAAGGCUUUUGUCAAGAGAGAUCUGGAGCUGGUUACAACAGGUCCUCUUUGUUCUGGAAUGGGCGGGAAGAAGAAGAAAAAGAUGAUGUAUCUAACGACCAAAAAUGCAGAGUUUGAUCGGCAUGAGCUGAGGAUCUACGAGGAGGUGGCCAAGGUUUCCCCGUUCCGUCGGAAGACGUUGGUUCUGAUUGGAGCACAGGGAGUGGGCCGCCGUAGUCUGAAGAACAAACUGUUGGUGUCAGACCCCCUGCGGUAUGGGACCACCAUCCCCUUUACCUCAAGGAAACCCAAGGUGGAUGAGAAGGAUGCACAGAUGUACUCGUUCAUGACUCGCAGUGAGAUGGAUUUGGACAUUAAGAACGGGCGCUUCCUGGAGCACGGCGAGUACGACGGGAACCUCUAUGGCACCAAGAUCAACUCCAUCCACGAGGUGGUGGACUCUGGCAAGAUCUGCAUCCUGGAUGUCAACCCACAGGCACUUAAGGUUCUGAGGACGUCAGAGUUCCUUCCCUACGUGGUGUUUAUUGAGGCUCCAGAUUACGAGGUCCUCAAAGCCAUGAAUAAGUCUGCCAAAGAAGCCGGAGUGAUGACCAAACAGUUAACGGACUCAGAGCUGAAGAGGACAGUGGAUGAGAGCGAAAGGAUCCAGCGGGCCUACGGACAUUACUUUGACCUGAACAUCAUCAACGACAGCCUGGAGGGGGCCUUCUGCGGCCUGAAGAUGGCGCUGGAGAGACUAGGCGCAGAGCAACAGUGGGUUCCUGUCAGCUGGGUCUUCUAAAGGCCGGUCAGAGGUCAGAGCAAGAGGUCAGGAUGUCAUCAUGAGGAGGUCAGAAUAGGCAUCAAAGGCCUGAGGAGUUGGUACAGGCCGCAGGUAGAGAGGGACCAAUCAGGAGAGAGUAAAUUGUAAAGGGGUGGAGCUUCCCUCCACAGCUUGUGACGUUAUUGGUUGGAGGUCUGUUGUAAGGGGCCAAUCCCGAUGUUCCAGUGCAAGGGGUCUGCCUCAUGGUAGGCUUUUGCACAAAUUAUAUACUCCGCAGACAUGAUGUCAAACUGCAAUUUUUUGUUAAAAAAAAUAUGUAAAAAAUAAACAAAUAACCAAAUAUAUAUUGGUAUUUGUUGAGGAGGCUUUAGAGGGGAUUUGAGGUACAGUGCGUAGUGUGUGAGUGAUACGAGUGGCAGUAUAUUAUAUAUGUUGAAGUAGGCUUAUAUAUUUUGCAAAUACUGUGCUGGCGGUCUUGGAGUAUAAUGGAUAUUGUUAUACUACCAGGAGUUCCCUGACAAUGUUUAGCCUUCCCAAAUCUUACAAAAACUAUGUAGUGCAAUGUUUACAUUGAGUGUUUCGUUUCGUGGCCGAUUUAGAAUACAAAGGUACCAACUGUCACACUAUUCUUCAUAUGAAAUUCUGUGUAUUUUGUCAUAUGAGCGUACGAUUGUAAAUAUUUGACAGUUGUCCUGAUGUUACUGUACUUAUUCUUAUUUAUGUUCUCUUUGUUGAAAAAAAGAUAGCAUAGCGAUACAUGAUCUGAGACGAAUACACCAAUUCACGCAUGAAUGCAUACCCACUCACACAAAGACAAACACACAAGCAAUCAACAAUGCAUACAUGUCAAUACGCUCUAUUUUCACACUCUGAGAAUUGAAUAUUUUAAUGUCAUCUUAAAUUUCUUUGAUCUUUGUUACCAUGUUUUAAAGAAAAAAUCAAAUGUGUGUUUAAAAAAAAAUGUGUUUAAUGUGCGAGAUGUUGGAAAUAUUCAGUUGGUGAUCUUUUUAGCACAGAUGUGACCACAAUCGCUAAGUGUGAAUUUAGGGCCCUAAGAAAUGUUGUAGAUGAUUGAAACUAUGUUUAAUUGAAACGGUGUAAUUGUUUGAUUACUCUGCACACUUGUUCGUUUUACUUCAUGUGGACUUUAGUGUCUGUUACUUAUAGUGUCUGACUCUUUCUGAGUAGAAUGUUUGUUUUGAUGGACAUAUUUAGUUUAUUUUCAAUGUUGAUUAUACAGGAUAUAUAUAUAUAUGUAUAUAUAUAUAUAUAUAGUACCAGUCAAAAGUUUGGACACACCUACUCAUUUCAAGGUUUUUCUUUAUUUUGACUAUUUUCUACAUUGUAUAAUUAUUUUCUACUUCAAAAUUAUGAAAUAGUUUAUCCAAAAUAGCUACUUUGAAGAAUCUAAAAUAUAUUUGGAUAUGUUUAACGCUAUCUUGAUUACUAUAUGAUUCCAUAUGUGUUAUUUCAUAGUUUUGAUGUCUUUACUUUUAUUCUACAAUGUAGAAAAUAGUACAAAUAAAGAAAACCCCUUGAAUGAGCAGGUUUGUCCAAACAUUUGACAGGUAGCGUAUAUAUACAAAAUAAGUGGCUUCCAACAUGCUUACUUUGCCUUAACAUGGUACAGAGGCCAAGGAUAUACUUACUGUACACUAGUUAUAGGUUGAAAUGUUAUCUAUUUUUCACAUGCUGCAGCAUGAUUACUGUAUGUUAUCCCUUUCCCUAUGAUUAAAAAAAUAUAGAUGUAUAAUUCCAGUGAUUUUAUCUCAGAAUUUUGUAAAUAUUGUACUGUAACAAAGGUUAUAUAUAAAGAAAACUUUAGUGCUCUGGAUUACUAUACUACAGUGUUGAGGUAGUGGGGCAAGAUUGUAAUUCUGAAUUUCAUAGAAAAAUAUUAAAGAUGAAAUAUCUUGUAGAA